AUGGUAGCGGUGUCGUUCGUUAUGUCGUCGCUUUCUCCGAUCCUAGCGGACAAGGGAAAGCAAGUGCUCGAGAUAGGACUUGGAGGUGGAAGUUUCGACAUGGGACUACAUAAAAUAAAGCCAGAAGUCAAUAUCACUGCCGUUGAGAUAGACCCAGCAGUUGUGAAAAUGGCAUUCAAAUGGUUUGAUGUUGUCGAUUCGGGUACCCACCACACGGUUUCGCAGGAUGGAGUGAAGUUUCUUGAAAACGCUAAUAGAGAAGGUGCCGAAGCCCACAGGUCGGUCGAUGGUCAAGCUCGGCGUGAGCAGAAGUACAGCGAACCUGUUUCAGGCACAGUGGUUGUUAACCUUGUAAUGGUCGACGAUUCGGCAUUCAGCCGAUUUCGGCAGAGUGAGGUGAUCAGGCGAUUUGAGGAAGUUUUCCCUCUUUGUGUAUUGAUGAAGUUUCCUUACGCGAUAUGCAGCUAUAACUGCCAAAGAGUACUGCGCAUCGCAUCGCCGAAUGUUUUGGGAUUGACAGCUAUCAGCAGACGAGCAGGCUCUCUUUAUCGUGCAAAUGAAAAUCAGCACAUUGGUCAUGAGGUGCCGAAUGACACUAAGAAGGAAAAAUCCGAAAAGGAAAAAAGAAAAAAUCAGGAAGAGAUUGAUAUGACCGGGACGCACCAACACAUUCGCGGCAAAAACUGA